AUUAUGCGCACAGCUCGAUUUAAUAUUAGAAUCAGCGCUGGGAUAAAUCGAAUAAAAGUUCAGAACGCAUUGAUUGUAUUAUCGCUCUAGAAGGACGUGUUUUUAAUCAUUUUAUGACACGAACACGCGUACGACUUCGUAUCAUUGUCUUCUCAAUGGGAAAGUUACCUUUUUCGUGAGGGAACUCCCACCACAUCGUUUCAGAGAAAUAAGAAAGUAGAAGUAGCGUUGCCUUGACUGGUUCUCGUUCUAAGGUAAAGGCUCGACGUAACUUAGUUUAGGUCGCCGAUUAUUAAUAUCGAAAGGAAUGUCCGAGCAUGAAUCAGUCUAGAAAAAUUUAUUAAACGCGUCUCACGGUACGACGAGAUGUGGCGAGUAUUUCUACUGAACUGCAUUACUAUCGGGUAUUCUCUGCGUCUCGCUGCAUACAUUUCCUCUGGCGGACUUCACGGAGAAAUCAGAUUCGAAAAAGCUACAGAGACUUCUGUGAGAAUUCGAUUUUCAUUACAAACCACUCUCCAAUACCCGGACCAGCAAUGGAUUUGGUCGGUCACCCAGUUUCCCGUCGAUUACACGCUUAUAAGCGACAGAUGCAACAGGCAAUACGUUGGCGAGAGUAUCAUCGAUCUGACGGAGCUCGUCGGACCGCUUGAAAUGCCUGGAAAUGAAACGGGAUCCGUAGAAGUUACGGGUGUAAGCUUAACCGGGGAGACGGGUCUGUGGGGCAAAGGUCUAUUGCUUCAGGACACGUAUUCAUCCAGGACCAUUUGCGCUUCCAUUACGGUACUCGAGAGAAAUGUAGAAAAGUUUGCCGAGGCUCGAUUUCACGAAACUAUAGCAGGAACCGUCUGGUUCCGCUGGCUAGGUGGUCACGCGGGCGAUAGCACCAGCGAUACGAUAAUGUACGUGGAUCUCCAUCACGUUAACAAUAAAAAGGUCCAAGGUGUAAAUUACACGGAACAUUAUUGGAAAAUUUACGUGACCGACAUCUUCGAUAUUAGCAAAGACAAGUCGAGCUGCAACAUCUUGCAAACUGUGUUUGACCCCGAUAACGCGGGUGACGGGAACGGUAUUGGUGAUAUCGACGCGCGUUUGGGGAAAGUAAAAGUAGCCGCGGAUCAUCAUAAGAGAUACAAAACUUUGUAUAAAGAUUCGAAACUGUCUUUACUACCGGCUGAUUUAUUGGGUCCACAACGCCAGUUAUAUUUAGUUAUAUUCCAUCCGAGGCACGAAGAUUCAUUCCUACAGUGCAGCAAGAUAACUCAUAGGAAACCUACUCUAGUUAAAACCUUCGUUAAUUCCCAUGGGAUUAAAGGAGAAGUGUCGUUGACACAAGCGACUCCGUUCGAUCCAACGUGGGUGAACGUGUCGUUAACGCCAAUCAAUGAUUUAGAAACAAGAUUACGAUACGCUACCAAGAUACAAUCUUAUAGUAUUCAUGAACUACCUCCAGAUCCGAUCCAAAUUUCGAACAACGAUGCUGCAGUUUGUGAAACAGUUAAAGGGAUAUAUAAUCCAAAUAAUGUUAACAUCACGACUGCACCACCGCCGGGAUUGGGAACUCAAGAUCAAUACGCUGUCGGUGAUCUAUCUGGGAAACUGCAAGGUCGUAAGGAAGGAUCGAAUCAUCAAGAUAUUUUACCAGGAAGUGCAAAGCUCAGUGGAAUUUAUUGGGACACGUAUCUGCCACUAUCGGGGGUAUACAGCGUCGUUCACCGAGGUCUCGUUCUCCACAAGUAUAACGAAACCGAUGAUAAGAGCGUCGUGGCAUGGCUGUGCGGCACUUUAAAUUUAUAUUUGCCAGAUAACACUGGACAAAUGCCUAUGAUAACUGCGCAGGUAGUAUACAGAUAUCCUAUCGUCGGGAAAAUAAUUUUCCGUCAGCCAAAAAAUGCCCCCGAAAUGGAUAGCACGAUCAUAAUCGAGCAUUUAAUUCACGCGGAUGGUAAUGCUUUAAAUAAUUCCGCAUCUCACAGGUGGAUGAUUCACGACAAUGCACCGGGUAAAGAUUUUUACAACUGGACUGGCAGAUGUUUGAGUACCGGCGAUCCUUACAACCCGUACAAAGUAGAGUGGAAAUCAAAUCCUAGCGAGUAUUGUUCCACGUUAGAAAUAGCGUUGUGUCGCUUGGGUGAUCUAACGAGACACGGUACGAUCGAUAUCGCUGGGAAGAAAUUGUACGCAACUCAGAUAACUCGAAAAUUAUUCACGGAUACAAUGUUAACUUUAUCUGGUCCUAACAAUAUACUGGGAAAGAGUUUAGUGAUAUACGACGAUAACGGGCCGCGCGCUAGAGGGGAGAGACUGGCGUGUUCAAUGAUUCAUCAAACGUACCGUCGUAAAGCCGUAGCGAAGGAUUGGUUUGGAAACGGGCAAACUAUUCCUCUAACAAUAAGAGGCAAGUUGGAAUUCCUACAGCAAAGUGAAUACGAUGUUACGAAUGUUGAACUGAAUUUAGAUGGUCUCGAUGGAAAAAUGAACAGAUAUCACAUACACAUGACUUCGGUAGAGUCGGAUUUGGAAUUCCCUUGUGAAAGUACAUCAUUGUAUGAAACGUGGGAUCCGUUCAAUGUCAGUACAAAUGUUGUACCGACUCCUGGCGAGGGUACAACUGAUCAAUAUAAAGUGGGAGACCUCAGUGGAAAAUUUGGCACUUUAGAGAACAGGAAGAGAUACAUGACAACCUUUAACGAUACUUUGCUUCCUCUGUUUGGACCAAGAAAUAUAUUAGGACGAAGUAUCGUGAUUCACAAGAGAGAGAAGAAUUUCAGGUGGGCUUGUUCGACGAUAGAAAGAGGAUAUUCACCGUCCGAAGCCACGGAACUAAGAGCAAUUGCUUCUUUUCACCACCCACAAGGUUUCGCCUAUGGCUACAUAAGAAUGUCGCAGCUUGUUCAUCAAGACGGUAGUCACAGCGAAACAGUGAUCGAAGUGAAAUUGCGGCAUCCAGGAAAACACGACCGCAAUGUCACGAGAAAUCAUAACUGGGCGAUAUACGUAAAUCCUGUGGGAGUGGAUGCAUCUGUUAAAGUAAAGGAUACCAGAUGUGUAGCUGGUGGAUACAUGUGGAAUCCUUACUUCACUCAAUUGGCCGACCCUUUAAACGAUCAAUUGUACAGACAAGAAUGUGGUCCCGAUUUACCGCUUAGAUGUUACGUGGGAGAUUUAUCAGGACGAUUAGGUCCCAUUGACAUAGGAUUAAAGAGACAAGUGUUUUCGGACUCGAAUUUUCCUUUAGGAGGACCAAUAUCCGCGAUUGGAAGAUCUAUCGUUGUAUUUGAUGCAGAUUUCGGCAGCAACAGAUAUGCAUGCGCUAAUAUCGAACCAGAGAAUGACAUCGUCAAAUAUACUAAUAUAAGAAAACCACCACGUUUCGUAGUGGCGCAAUUUUUGGAAGACAUAAGGAAAAUUAUGGGCAUUCCAGACUGGAUGUUAUCUAUAGAUAAUAGGAAGACUAAAACUCUGCACAAUGGAGCAUGUAUUCAAUUUUUACUACAUUUUAAAGGUCCAAUUACCAGUAAGCUAGAACAAGAUUUCAACAAGCUUCUGUCAACCGGAAAAUUAGAAGCACCUAGUUUAUAUAUUCCAGGAUAUGUUCCCACAAAACGGAAGGCAACCGUGGGCUAUCGUCAAUGCGGAAAUCACGAUCCACACGAGAAAAACUUCAAGAAUUCAUUUCGAAGUAAUGCUUCAACGCUAUAUCCAAAGUUCUCUUUUAUUAUCUUCUCCAUCUUAAUUAAUGUAACAUACAUCCUCAAAAGCGUUUAAAUCUUAGUCGUAAUCG